AUGAACUCGACAUCAUCGACGGAAAAUGACGGAAAAUCUGGCGUUCUACGACAGGCAUCGAAUUCGAGCCAUAGCGACAAUGACGCAGCAAAUGAGCCAAGCCCCGAAGCCGUCAAGCUGCCUCCUGGACGUAGAGUGGGUUCCGGGCCUGGAAGAAAGCCGAAGGCUUGCCUUGAAUGCAAGAAGUUGAAAAUGAAAUGCGAGAUUUUUCCUGGUGAUAGAAAGUGCAGGCAUUGCCUUAGACGAAAGGUUGACUGCAUCAUCAAAAGAACAUAUAUGGCCCAGGCCGACUCGGAGGAGUCGCGAGCUCAGAGCUCGCCAAAUUACGAAGACAAGAUCGAUGCAAUGCGAGAGGAGAUCCAGCAGAUGAGGCAGUCAUUGGAUGCUGUAUUGGGCAGGGAACAGAAUAAUAAGUCCAUCAAGAAUCCCUUGCUCAAGAAGCAAUCAGAGAGCACAGAGAAAAUCGACAGUCGGCAUGAAUUACAUGUUGGGACAACACCAAGAAUCCUAAGUCCGCCCAAAUCGUCGUCCGCGCGGGAUGGCUCCGCGCGGGGAAUAGGGGGGCGGGAUGCCAACACGCGAUUGGCCAUGACCCGCGAGGAUUCGCCCAACCCAGUGUCUGAUGAUGAUCAACAAUACGGCCCUGAGACAUUGGAGGAACCAAUGGGUAGUCUCUACGAGGUGACGCGACUUAGGAAUGUCCGAAGUAACCAAGCCAACACCCCUCAACCCAUACCCCCCGACGACAGCCACUUGGACGAUUUCAUAUCCCGCGGAGCCAUAUCUGAAGAGAAGGCCGAGGAGUUGUACAACAUCUUCCUCAGGACUCUAAACCACUACCUUUGGGUUGGUCUCGAACAGGUUCAUCCAUCAUGGACAUCAGUACGAAGAUCGUCCGAACUCCUCGCGGCCACCAUCCUGACAGUCACUGCACUGCACAUACCAACAUCGUCUGACAUCUUCGACGUCUGCUACAACGAAUUCCUCUCGCUUGUGUCAUCCUCCAUGUUUUCUCGCUAUCACUCGGUCGAUGAUGUUCGCGGCUUAUGCAUAUCAGCUUUCUGGCUAUCAGAGCACUCUUGGAAGUUGACAGGCCAUGCUAUACGUAUUGCAACUGAGCUCGGCAUCCACCAGUCUUUUAUACACGCGCUCGAGGGCGACAAGGAACACUUCCUGAGGGCAAGGCUCUGGUAUAUGCUUUACGUUUGUGACCGUCACUUUAGUAUUGCUUAUGGUCGACCUCCUACCGUCGCGGAAAGCAUACAAUUACGAGAGUAUGAACUGUUCCUAGCCAGCCCCUUCUCUGGUGUGCUCGACAUCCGAAUCCUCAGUCAAGUCAACCUGAUGCAGAUUCUGACGCGUGUCUACGAACGGUUCUCUGAACGCCCUCUUUCGACCAUCAAAGGGACUUGUGCAGCAAAUGGGAAAGCCACAAAGGUCAACGAGUCAGCAGGAGUCAGAGGACCGCCGAAAAUAUCUGCAGCAAUGCUUGCCGAAUCCGACUUUGACACCCUCCGAAGCUUCAACGUCGAAGUUGAUCACUGGCGUAUGCGAUGGUACCCUCGACAGCCACCCAGCCCCUUCAUCGGACAGUUCACAAAUAAGGGAGUGAUUCUCUACUCAUACUUCGCCAAGCUUCAGAUCAACUCCCUCGCGAUCCGCGGUGUAUCGAUCAAUUCCGACAAGUUGUCCACCGAGCGCAAAGAGUUCGCCAACAUGGCAAUCUCAGCUGCAUCGAGCAUUCUCACACUUGUUCAGGAAGAGGAGGAUUUGAGGAGAGCAUUGGUUGGAACACCCCUAUACGUGCACACCAUGAUCACCUUUGCAAGCGUCUUCCUAAUGAAGAUUGCUGCUAAGUGGGGUAGCAUAAUGGGACUCAACAUCGAAUAUGCUAAUGUAUCUCGUCUCCUGGACAGGAUGAUAGCUGUCUUGAAAGAUGCAGUGGUCUCGGACAAGCACAUGCUAAAGCAUAUCGGACGAGGACUGGAGAAGAUGUUGGGACGCAUAAGAACGACCCGAAUGCUUCAACACAGCAGCAGAGAAGAAGGCGAUAAGGAAAUUUCCAAGCGCAAUGUUCGUCUGGAAUCACAUGAUUGGCGCCUUGCUUCUUAUGAUGUUGGUACGGCUGGCUCCGACGGCCUAAGCAUCAGGGGUUCCGAAAAGGAUCUAUUGAGCCCACCCGAUUUCGGGACUCGGAGUACAGCUCAGAGUUGGAAUUCUGAGUUAUACGCGGAACCAGGACAGGAAUCAAUGGCAGAGCUUGCGAACUUUGGGGACGAAAUGACCGGCAUGAAUGACACUCUGAUAUAUCAAGCUUUCGGAAACGGGUCUGCUGGCGAUGUUUAUAACAUGCUAUCUAGCCAGUUCUUGUACUAA